AUCCUCAGGUCUUGAACAUGUUUUUCCCUUUUUGCCUAUGACAGCUGAUUUGAAUGUUUCAGCUUUAUGUCAAAUAUUUGACCUGAAAUAGAUAAAAGGUUAAAGAAGACAAAGAAGACACAAUGGGUUGUAUUCAAAGUUUCAGGGAGUUGUGCGACCGUCCUAAGAACACCAAUGUUCGUUUCAGUCUUCCAGCAGUUUGCAUCGUAUGGCAGACGGCGAUGAUCAUCUUGUUCGGGGUGUUUAUUCGAUAUGACGAGGAAUCGGAUACACACUGGAUUGAGCACAGGAAAGCAAACAAUAUAUCAAGCGACAUUGAAAAUGACUUCUACUUCAGAUAUCCAAGCUUCCAGGAUGUCCAUGUGAUGAUCUUUGUUGGAUUUGGCUUCUUGAUGACAUUUCUGAAGAGGUACAGCUUUGGUGCAGUGGGUUUCAACUUCCUCAUUGCAGCCUUUGGCCUACAGUGGGCGCUGCUCAUGCAGGGUUGGUUCCAUUCCCUGGAUUACACCGACGGAAAGAUCAAAAUUGGAGUUGAAAGCAUCAUCAACGCUGACUUCUGUGUGGCUGGCUGUCUGAUUGCUUACGGUGCAGUGCUGGGUAAAGUGAGUCCAGUCCAGCUGAUGGUUCUGACCCUGUUUGGGAUUACGUUGUUUGCUGUGGAGGAAUAUAUUAUCCUAAAUCUCAUUCAUGCCAGAGAUGCUGGAGGCUCCAUGGUGAUCCACACGUUUGGCGGUUAUUAUGGUCUGUCCAUCUCGUGGAUGCUCUAUCGACCGAAUCUGGACCAGAGCAGUCGUCUGCAGGGCUCCGUCUACCACUCGGAUGUCUUUGCCAUGAUUGGCACCCUCUUCCUGUGGAUGUUCUGGCCCAGCUUUAACUCCGCCCUCACUGACCACGGGGACGGACAGCACAGAGCAGCCAUCAACACCUACCUAGCUCUGGCCUCGACUGUGCUCACCACUGUGGCCGUCUCCAGCCUCUUUCAAAAGCAUGGAAAACUAGACAUGGUUCACAUCCAGAACUCGACUCUUGCUGGCGGCGUUGCAGUGGGAACAGCGGCAGAGUUCAUGCUGAUGCCUUACGGUUCUCUGAUUGUAGGAUUCUGCUGUGGUAUCAUCUCCACACUUGGAUAUAUCUACCUCACACCGUUCAUGGAGAAGUACCUCAAGAUCCAAGACACAUGUGGAAUACAUAACCUUCACGCCAUGCCAGGAGUCAUAGGAGGAAUUGUGGGAGCCAUUACAGCUGCAGCUGCUUCAGAAUCAGUUUAUGGCCGUGAAGGGCUGAUUAACACCUUUGCCUUUGAGGGUGCGUUCAAAAACAUGGUACCCACACGGCAGGGCGGUCACCAGGCUGCAGGCAUCUGUGUGGCCAUCUGCUUCGGCGUAGGCGGUGGCAUCCUUGUCGGUUGUAUCUUGAGAUUACCUAUUUGGGGAGAUGCCCCAGAUGAAAAUUGCUUUGAUGAUGAGCCUUACUGGGAGCUUCCUGAAGAUGAAGAGAGCGUCCCACCGAUCCCGCAGUACAACAACCACAUGCGGAACAAGGAUGUAAUGGAGUCAAAUUUCAGCAUGGAGCAGAACUGAUGUUAGACCUCAUGGAUCUCUCAGUCUUUAUCAAACACGGACAGUUUGUUUCUUCUAUUUUCCUGGUGGACAGAAAUAAUCAUUUCAUACAGAAAAUGUCCCCAUCAUCAAUUUAAACCAGGUAUUUUUCAUGCAAUUAAUGUAAGACUGUACAGUGUUGUUGUUGUUGUUGGUUUGUUUAAAGUUUAAAAAGAAAUAUCCUCCACAUUUCUAUUAAGUAUGCAAAUUAGGUUAUAUUUUUGCUGGUGAUUGUCCGUCUGUCUGUCUGUCUGUCUGUCUGUCUGUCUGUCUGUCUGUCUGUUUGUGAGUAGCGUACCUGAAAAUAUACUUGAUGGAUUUUACAAGAAAAUAAAUGAUUAGAUUUUGAUGCUGAUCCAAAUCCAGAUUCAUUAUUUCUUUAUUUUUAAAAUAUUAAUAAUUAAGUGUGAACUCAACAACAGGAAACUAAGCAGCCUUUAGCGGAGGUUUGUGCUCUCUGAUUGUUUUCUCUAGUUUUUUUCAAUUCAAUUCCACACAUUUUCUCUGUGAAAGAUUUGUAAUAAAUCUAAACUGAGUGACGUUU